CCAAAACUCCAGAAGCAAUACACUUAAACAGGCCAUUUAAAUAAUCGAUCAUUAUCCAUUUAUGGAUUGUUUCCAACUUUCCUGUAAGGGGCAUGUGCUCAAAUUCAAAACUCAGUAUUGUCUGUUCUUUGGUUGUCAGUUUUUGUUCUUGCUGUAUUAAGCUCCACCCAUAUUCCAAAGAAUUCCAUGUAUUGUUGCUAUGGUCAGAAUCUUUCAACUUCUGAUUUGUACACAUCCUUCCUUAUUUUUUUCUACUCCACAAAAGUUAGAAUGGACUCUCUUUCCACGAAUAAGGUGUCAGAGGUUCUACUUUGAUGGGCUUCUUUCUCUUGAUGGGAAAUGGAUAUGUACAUUUCAUGGCUAUUUGUGAUGCUGUUGAGGAAGGCCUUGGCUGAGACCGUUGAAGAGAGAUGGCCUCCAGGCUUCAGGCGUAUUUCUUAUGAAACAAUCAUUCCAAGGAAAGUGACUCCCAAGUCCGGACAUGAGGAACCAGAGCAUGUAAGCUAUUUACUGCAGAUUGGAGGGAAUAACCAAGUGGUGCAUCUGAGACAGAAGUGGGGUUUGGUGCCUAAACAUUUCCCUGUGUUCUACUAUAAUGAAGAAGGAGAUCUCCAGAUAGACCAACCUUUCAUCAGAGAUGAUUGUUUUUAUCAUGGCUUUGUUCAGAAUAAACCCUCUUCUCUCGUCACUCUCAGCUUUUGCUCAGGAGGACUCAGAGGUAUUUUGCAAUUAGAAAAUAAAACUUAUGAAAUUGAGCCAGUUGAGGCAUCUGCUAUCUUUCAGCAUGUUGUAUAUUCUCUGGGAGAAGAACAAGCUGCUAUCUCGAUGAGAUGCGGACUAACAAAAGAAGAGGAAUGGUUUCAAAAGGCCAUUAUGCCAAAAAUGAAAAACCUACAGGAUAGAAGUGCUUCCAAGUGGUGGCCGCACACUAGACAUGCAGAGAUUGCUUUUGUGAUAGAUUAUGAACGAUAUUUGAAAUUUAACAGAAAUAAAACUCUAGUUGCUAUGAGAGUAAUAGAUAUUCUUCAUAUGGCAAAUUCAUUAUAUGAGCCACUGUCUGUUAAGCUGUCUUUAGCUGGACUGGAAAUCUGGACCCAAAGAAAUCCCAUAAACCUUAAGUGGGACAUACACAAGACCCUUAGAUCUUUCACUGAUUGGAGAAGGCGAUCACUACAAAAACGUCUAAGGAAUGAUGCUGCUCAUUUAUUUGCAUUCAAGCAUUUUAGUGAGCUAGGAUUAGCAUUCACAGGAGGAAUUUGUAGAGAUGACUAUGGAUCUGCUGUUGAACAAUACAUAACCACAAGCCUGUUCACUAUAUCUUUAAUAUUUGUUCAUGAGCUAGGACAUAAUCUCGGAAUGAGCCAUGAUAAAAAAUACUGUUCAUGUGAAAAAGUUCAGUGUAUUAUGGCUGAAGUUCUUUCAGGCUAUGAUAAGUUCAGCAAUUGUAGCUAUAAGGAUUAUUUCAAGAACAGAAAUGCAAAGUGUUUACUAGAUCUACCAAAUCCAAGUAGAAUAUACACCAUCAAAUUUUGUGGAAACAAGGUAGUGGAUGAUGGAGAGCAAUGUGAUUGUGGUUCUGAAAAUCAGUGCAAGUCAGAUCCCUGUUGCCAAUCUAAUUGUAAGUUGCGUCCUGGUGCUACUUGUGCAUUUGGCUUAUGUUGUAACAACUGUCAGUAUCGAACAGCUGGAACUAUUUGCAGAACAAAGACCAGCAGUUGUGAUCUUCCUGAAUACUGCAAUGGAACUUCUGAAAGGUGUCCUGAAGAUGUUCAUGUGCUGGAUGGUGCCCCAUGCAGAGAUGGUGAAUAUUGUUAUAAUGGGAAUUGUAACACUCACAACAAACAGUGCAAAACAAUUUUUGGCAACACAGCAAUAGCUGCUUCUGAUGUUUGCUUCAAGGAAAUGAAUACCAAAGGGGAUCGUUUUGGAAACUGUGGCCUUAAAGAUAAAAAAUAUAAGAAAUGUAAAGUUGAGAAUGUCCUGUGUGGCCGUAUCCAGUGUGAAAAUGUGAAACACUUGCCUUCUUUGGAGGAACACAAUACGAUAAUUCAAACUUCCAUUGACAAUAAGCAAUGUUGGGGUAUCGACUACCACCUUGGAAUCGACAUGGAUGUUGGUGCAGUGAAGGAUAGCACCCCUUGUGGCAGUGGCAUGAUAUGCAUCCAUCAGAAGUGUGUCAGUGUAGCCAGUUUAAUGUAUGAUUGUAAUGUCACAAAGUGCCAUAAUCGGGGAGUGUGCAAUAGCCGUCAACAUUGUCACUGUGAUAACGGGUGGAAACCUCCCAACUGUCAAUAUGAAGGCUACGGGGGCAGCAUAGACAGUGGAUCACCUGGACAACUGGAUAUGAGUAGACAUUUUGCAAAAACUAGAGUGAUAGGAGGAUUAAUAUAUAGUCUUUGUGGUGCUGUUAUUUCUCUUGCCUUGGUUGUACAUUUCAGAAAUACACUAAUGUACGUGUUUCGUAAACGGGGGGGCAAAAUUCAUCCAACAGAAUCAACAGAAGAAGAAUAUCAACACUAAAUCAUAAACCAUAACAACAUACAAGGUAUCAGAUAAAAAGCUUGGAAGCCAUGGAUAAAGACUAAAUGAACUAACUUGGGGGGGGGGUGUUUUUGGCAUCUUAGUCUUUACAUUCCAUUUUAACAUGAUUUUUCUUUCAGAUGGAUUUAUGAAAAACCUUUCAUGUUUCACAUGUUCCAAUGUACAAUUUUUGCAACUGUGUCUGAUAUGGCUUCAACUCAGUUUGGGCAAUUUUGCUACAGUCCCUAAUGAAAAUUAUAAUUAAACUUUGAUUUAACAUGGUUUAA